AUGCAUCUCUCCAAGCUCCCUUUUCUGCUCCACGUCAUCAUCGAGUCGGCCGCCGCGUCUUCCUUCAUUUUCAAACCAGAGAACCAGCUGCCCGGCCCGUCCGUCGCCGCCCGCUUGGUGCUGCAGUCUCUGGGCGGCUUGCUCCUGAGCACGAACUUGAUAUGCCUCGUCUUUAUCUGGCGACCCGGUUUCGAUGAGACGAGUAGACUGGUAGCUGCAUCGCUGUCGUUCUGGCAUGUCUGGCCUUGUUACCGCGCCUAUGUGCGCCUGGCGCGUCCGGCGGUAGACGGCAACGGUAGCAAGCAGGCGAGAACGCUUGGGGGCCCAGCUGUCCAUCUUGGCGUGCAUGUCAUGCUGUUUUUGCUGUUUAUCGGUGUUGCUCUCGUAGGAUAG